AUGUCAACUCUCAAAACCAGUACUCCGGUUAACAUUAACAGUCAUGCAUCAUCUUCCAUCGUACGAGCUUCCGUCGUUCAAGCUUCCACUAUCUAUAACGAUACUCCAAAAACUCUAGAAAAGGCGGAGAGGCUAAUAGUGGAGGCGGCUAACAAGGAGAAAGCGGAGCUUGUGGUGUUCCCGGAGGGUUUUAUCGGCGGCUAUCCUCGAGGGUUUAGGUUUGGUUUAGCGGUUGGUGUUCAUAACAACGAAGGUCGUGAUGAGUUCCGCAAGUACCAUGCUUCUGCCAUUCAUGUUCCUGGCCCUGAAGUAACAAAACUGGCAGAGAUAGCUAGGAGAAACAAUGUGUACUUGGUCAUGGGGGCGAUAGAGAAGGAUGGGUAUACACUCUAUUGCACAGCUCUUUUUUUCAGUCCUGAUGGUCAGUUCUUGGGUAAGCACCGUAAAGUCAUGCCGACAAGUAUGGAACGUUGCAUUUGGGGAUAUGGGGAUGGAUCAACCAUCCCCGUAUACGACACUCGAAUCGGCAAACUCGGUGCCGCUAUUUGUUGGGAAAAUAAGAUGCCGCUCUUCAGAACGGCGUUGUACGCCAAAGGAAUUGAGAUUUAUUGUGCACCUACUGCUGAUGGUUCAAAGGUAUGGCAAUCGUCGAUGACUCACAUCGCGCACGAAGGUGGAUGUUUCGUGUUGUCGGCUUGCCAGUUCUGCCAGCGUAAAGAUUUCCCUGAUCAUCCGGAUUACUUGUUCACCGACGUGGAGGACUACAAAGAAGAUGAUGCUAUUGUCAUGCUAGGCGGUAGUGUCAUUAUCUCACCUAUGGGAGAGGUUCUCGCCGGACCAAACUAUGAAUCCGAGUGUCUCAUCACAGCUGAUCUUGAUCUUGGUGAUAUUGCAAGAGCUAAGUUAUACUUCGAUGUGGUCGGACAUUACUCGAAGCCAGAGGUUUUUAGCUUGACCGUAAAUGAGCACCCGAAGAAACCCGUUACGUUUGUGUCCAAGUCGGUGAAAGCGGACGAUGACUCCGAGUCUCAAGCCAAUAAUCUUGAUUUGAAAGUCCUCAAGUUAUCCUCUCCGUAA